UUCCAUCGUCGAUGCAGAUAAGCCGCAUCCGCCGUCGUAGAAAGAAACGCAGCGACGACAUCACGCUCACGCUCAGAAUUGCAUCCACCCGACCCAAGAAGCUGCACGCACACACGCCGGCGUCGAGCUGCACCGGUCAUAGCUGCAGCUGCAAGGUGAGCUAGAGCUCGGAGAGGAGGAGGAAGAAGAGGAAGGCGUCAAUGGCGACCACCGUAGCUGCGAUGGCCAUGCUUAAGCCGGCCAAGAUCGUGGCGCGGUCCUCCUCGCCGCCGUCCGGGAGCGCCAGGGUGCCGAGCGUCUCGCUCAAGAGCCUGGCCAAGAAGGGCCUGUCGGCGUCGUCGGCGCCGGUGGCCGCGGCGAUGGCGGGGGCGUUCUUCUCGGCGCUGGCGUCGACGGACGCCGCGGUGGCGGCGCAGCAGAUCGCGGACGUGGCGGCCGACGACAACCGCGGCCUCGCGCUGCUGCUGCCCAUCGCGCCGGCCAUCGCGUGGGUGCUCUACAACAUCACCCAGCCGGCGCUGAACCAGCUGAACCGCAUGCGGUCGGAGCAGGUGCUCGUCGCCGGCCUCGGCCUCGGCGCCGCCGCCGCCGCCACCUUCGCCCCCGAGGCGUCCGCGGCGCAGGAGGUGGCGAAGCUGGCGGCCGAGGCGGCGGCGGAGGGGGACAACCGCGGCCUGCUCCUGCUGAUCGUGGUGGCGCCGGCCAUCGCCUGGGUGCUCUACAACAUCCUCCAGCCGGCGCUCAACCAGCUCAACCGCAUGCGCUCCGACUGAUUCUCGAUCGUACGUGGUGUGGUUUGAGGAGGGUGGUGAGGAGUGGUGGUAGUGACGUGGAAUGUGGUGUACCUACCUUAAUUCUCUUCCUAAUCCUCUCUUCCCCUGAACAAAAUUCAGUACAGCUCUUCUUCUUCUUCUUCUUUUAAUUGUUCCUCGAUCUAUUAGUUUCCUAUUUCUUGUUA